AUGGGCAGGAGUUUAAGUGAAAAAGGCCCCUUUCUAAACAAGAAAUGCAGUCUGCUGGAUCACAAAGAGGUCGUGGAGGUGGAUCUGGCAACUUUAUGGGUGGUGGAGGAAACUUUGGAGGUGGUGGAAACUUUGGUGGAAGAGGAGGCUGGUGGUGGUAGACCUGGAUAUGGAAACCAAGGUGGUGGAUAUGGAGGCAGUGAUGGAGGAUAUGAUGGUUACAAUGAAGGAGGAAGUUUUGGAGGUAACUAUGGUGGUGUUGGGAACUAUAAUGAUUUUGGAAAUUAUAGUGGACAACAGCAAUCAAAUUAUGGACCCAUAAAGGGGGACAGUUUUGGUGUAAGAAGCUUGGGCAGUCCCUAUGGUGGUGGUUAUGGAUCUGGUGGUGGAAGUGGUGGAUGGUAG